AUGCUGGUUGGCCUCUAUCCAUUAGGUGGAAGUUCCAUUGACAUUCAUCCAAAUGCUCGAUGGCAACAAAAUGGUAUCACUGUAGCUGGAGGAAAUCGAGAAGACAAUGGAACCAAUCAACUCUCAAGCCCUUGGGAUUUGUAUGUUGAUGAUGAUCAAACAAUCUAUGUUGCUGAUACGGCGAAUCACCGUAUUGUGGAAUGGAAAUGGGGUGCAACGAGUGGCCAAGUGGUUGCAGGUGGAAAUGGACAAGGAAAUGGGGAUCAUCAGUUAUCUAGCCCAUUAGAUAUGAUUGUCGACAAAGAGAGUGAUAGUCUCAUCAUCUCCGAUUAUGCGAAUAGAAGGGUGGUUCGAUGGUCUCGUCGAAAUGGAACAAGUGGAGAAACAAUCAUCUCUAACAUCAAUUGUUUGGGUUUGACAAUGGAUGAGAAUGGAUCUCUCUAUGUCGUUGACACUGGAAAAGAUGAAGUGAGACGAUACCGAAGAGGAGAAUCUCAAGGAAUAGUGGUUGCAGGUGGCAAUGGAGGAGAAAAUCAUCUCGAUCAACUCUCUUCCCCACGAUACGUAUUUGUCGAUCAGGAUCAUUCAGUAUAUGUGUCUGAUUAUGGAAAUGAUCGUGUGAUGAAAUGGAUGGAAGGUGCAAAACAAGGCAUUGUUGUGGCUGGUGGUCAAGGAAAAGGAGAUGGUCUUACACAAUUGUCAUCUCCUCAAGGAGUCGUUGUCGAUCCAUCGGGCACUGUCUAUGUGGCUGAUUGGGGGAAUGAUCGAAUCAUGCGUUGGCCCCAAGGAGCCACACAGGGAAGUGUCAUUGUUGGUGGAAACGGUAAAGGAGGACAAUCGAACCAACUCAAUUGGCCCAUCGAGAAUAGUGAUGCAUUACAAGUGAAGAUAGAGACAGGUGAUGAAUUAUUUGCUGGGACGAAUUCUCAUGUUAGUCUUAUUCUUCGUAGUGGUAAUGUUGUUAUUUGUCAAGUCUAUGAUCUGGAUAAUAUUGGUAAUGAUCGUGAACGAAAUAGUGUCGAUGAAUAUACAAUUUGUUGUUCAAAAGGUUUUUUCAAUGAUGAUGAUGAUGAAUUGAGCAUGUUAGCUGUGGCUAAGUUAACAAGAAGUGGAAAAGUUAUUCCUUUUUUUAGUGAUGAUUGA